AUGUUUACUAUAAACCAUUUUUUUCUUAAGCUUUCCUAUAUAAUUGGUAGUUUAAGAAGGAUCAAUCUAAAGCAAAACAGAACUAUUUUAAAGAUAUUGCUAAAAUUAUUGAGUGUAUAUAAUGUACUCAUUAUUUUUAUCAAUUACGUUAAUUAUUUUAUUUCAUGGGCAUCUGGUAGAUACCACCAUUCCUUUCCUCUGAAUUCAGUCCAAAUUCUUGCUCCAGAAACAGACAAAUCAUUGAGGAGAGGCUUUACAUCUUGUAAAUCCUGUGAAGCUUUAACUGAAUCGUUUUUAACUUGUCCUUUAGCUUGGCUGAAGUUAUUUUUGCUGUCCAUUUUAAUAUCUAUAAUAUCUCAAAAAAUGAAGUUAAAAAAUCCAUGAUGAAUUAUGGCAUUUUACCAUUCAAUUCUUUAUUCAGAGUUUUUUUAUUAA